GUAUCACACUACAAUUCAUUUGCACUUUGUGGUGACCGUCUUUGACAAAUUUAACGAUAAGUUCAAUCAAAAUCGGCGUGGCGCUUCCUCCUCCAAUCUACUGUACUCCACUCCGUUUUGUUUACUUUGCAGCAAUCAUUCAAAACUGUAGAGUGAGACCAACCGUGUUGCGGUCAAAGGUGAGGCGCUGAAAUUUGUUUUCAGUCGAGUGAGGGUGAGAGUAAAUAUUCUCUUCUUCUUUUGGCAUCCUCACGCCUGCUGAACGAACAGAGACAAGGAAAAUGUCUCGGUACAACCUUCGUUCCCGUCGGACUCUCCAGCCGGAACCUGAAGAAGGGCUAACGCCGGCGCGAGAAUACAAGCCGCCGCCGGGGAGGGACGCUAGCGCUAGCGCAGGCCUAGCGGUGGAAACAACACCAAAGGAAAGAGAGAGCUCUGACACUUUGUUGUCAAUAGGAGAUGGACUGUUGUUCCUGGUGUUGCUGACUGGACGGUUACUGAAUGCAGCAGUGGUGCAGACAGCACACGUGCCUGAUGAGUACUGGCAGUCUCUGGAGGUGGCACACAACAUGGUCUUUGGAUAUGGUUACCUGACCUGGGAGUGGCAGGCAGGGCUGCGAGGGUUCACCUAUCCUCUGGUGUUCGCCUCCCUCUACAAGCUUCUUGCUGUCCUCAGGCUGGACAGUGUCACCUUGUUGGUUUUUCUCCCAAGACUUCUUCAGGGACUCUUUACAGCACUAUGUGACCUUCACUUGUACAAGGUCACCAGGAAGUUACAUGGUAAAGAAGUAGCACAAUGGACUCUAUUAUGCCAGCUUCUGUCCUGGUUCAUGUUCUACUGUGGACCCAGAACUCUGACCAACUCCAUGGAAACAGUCCUCACCACAGCUGCUUUGUACUACUACCCCUGGCCACAGGAACCUUCAACUAGAGUGUCAAGUAAACAGGUGGUGAUCUACCUCAGUUUAGCUGCUCUGUCCUGCCUGGUCAGGCCCACAGCAGCCAUCAUGUGGCUCCCACUGUGUGGUCUACACCUGGUGAACUGUAGGAACAAGCUUCAUACAUUCACUCUACACUUUAUACCUGUCAGUGGACCAAAAGCAGGGAUAUCGCCUGCACCACUCCAGCUGUCUCUGACUGUUGUGUUGUUCCCAGGGCUGUGGUUACAGUGGCUGACUCCAUGGCUGAGGGUCAGUACUGUGGCGCUCCUCCUGGUGACUAACCUCCCCCUGGCCCUGUACACCAGCCUGGUGCACCAGAGAGGCACGGUGGACGUCAUGUCAUACCUGAGUCAGCAAGCAGACAGACAGGGGCAGCACAUGUCUGUGCUGUUCCUCAUGCCUUGUCACUCAACUCCCUUUUACAGUCAUGUUCACCACAACGUCAGCAUGAGGUUCCUGGAGUGUCCCCCUGACCUGGAGAGAAGACCAGGAUACAUGGACGAAGCCGAUAUAUUCUACCAGGAUCCCCCUGCAUGGCUAAAGACCAACUAUGGGCCAGAUGUGCCACUCCCAACACAUGUUGUCAUGUUCAAUACUCUACAUCAGGACGUAGAGGACUUCCUUACAGAGAAAAAAUUUUCAAAGUGUGCAGAAUACUUCCACACCCACAUCCCACUUGAAAGAAGGAUUGGCAACUAUGUGCAAGUCUACUGUCUUCAGGCCACAUAACUUAAGAUAUAGUAAGAACUUAGUAAGAGCUCCAUAACAUGUUCCCAUGUCAAGAUUACAAGAUUUCAACAUCUUGAGUUUAAUCUUGCAUGCUCAACAGUAAUAUGAUAUUUAAAACAACUUUUUCUAAACCUAGCAUUUUAAAUAAGAGAAACAAAACAAACAGAAAACUGCACACAUUGUUAUUGUCAGUUCCAGAGUUGCAUAAUAGUUGGUUUCAGUUGUUUGUAUUUGUACUUCUGGUUGCUGUAAUUGAAAUAUUGUCGCAACCUUUGUAGGCUACUUCAAAUUAUGGGGUAAGAAAGAAAAGAAAGCUUCUCGAGUAAUGCAAUAUCAAUUGAAAACAAGUAUUAUUCUGGACUAGUUUAUAUAGUUUACGUGUAUGUGACUGUACAGUUUCUAACCGUUCAGUCAAUGUACUGUUUGUCAGUACAUUUAUUGUACUUUAUAAGUACCUCUGGUCUUUUACAAUGUACAUCUGUAAUAUGUACAUAUUAUAUUAAUCAGUCACACUUUUAUUUCUGCAUACGACUGCUGUGCAUUUGAAUUAUUAUGCAUAUUAUGUUUUGAUUGUAUUAUUGUAGGAAAACUGGCAACCUGGUCAGUCAAUGGACAAGGUACAUGUAGGUAGGUGCUAGGUAUUGAUUGUAAUUCAAGCAAUAAGAACGAGAAAC